CGCCCCGCCCCAAGAUGGCGCCCGGAAGCGGCCCUGAGGCAGCUUCCGCUGGCGACUGUCCGCCAUGGCGGCGACGCGGCUGGAGCUGAACCUGAUGCGGCUUCUGAGCCGGUGCGAGGCGCUGGCGGCGGAGCGGCGGGACCCCGAGGAGUGGCGGCUGGAGAAGUAUGUAGCCGCUCUUGAAGAUAUGCUCCGAGAGCUCAAGAAGCAAUCCAGUAAGCCAGCCCCAGAACUGCUGAAUGAAUACUCUCGCAAAGUGGACUUCUUAAAGGGACUUUUAGAAGCUGAAAAAUUGUCUUCAUCAACUGAAAAGGCUCUGGCAAAUCAGUUCUUGGCUCCUGGACGUACCCCUACAACAACCAAAGAGAGAACCCCAGCUACUAAAACAGUUCAUCUGCAGACAAAGGCUCGUUGCACAGGCAAGAUGAGGAGUGAGCUGCUUGGUACAGACCCUUUGGCUAUCGAUGAUUCUGAAGAGUUGAACAUAAGGAAGCGGAAAGGCUUUGCACCUGAUGAGAAGCAGUCAGCCGUCGAGCUGGAUGCUGUGUUACAGCACCAUCAGGAUAUGCAGGAGAAGUUAGCUGAAGAAAUGCUGAGUUUGGCUCGCAGUCUCAAAAACAACACUCUGGCUGCGCAGAAUGUGAUAAAACAAGAUAACCAGACACUAUCGCAUUCUCUCAGGAUGGCAGACCAGAACUUUGAGAAGCUCAAGGAUGAAUCUGACCGCCUUGAACAGCAUGCAAAGAAAUCAGUCAACUGGCUGUUAUGGAUAAUGUUAAUUGUAGUGUGUUUUAUAUUCAUCAGCAUGAUUCUCUUUAUCAGGAUUUUCCCCAAAUUAAAAUGAUUUUUUUUAAAUUUUAUUUAAAACUGCCUGAAGUGCAGUUGGAAAGCUCAGCUGGUAUAAUAACUGUCAGCAAUCCAUUUCUUUGCCACCUAUCAUGUCCUUAAAGAGGCGGCUCCAAGACUUUACCUUUGCAUCUCUUUCUUGUGCAGUCACUGGAUUCAGUGAAGGGUUUCACGUAGGCUUUCUAGACUGGCAUACUUGGUUACUUUUUUUACCUAGUGAACAUUGUUGCCUGUUGAGGGGAGAACUGGGAUAAAAAUAGCAAUUUACGGAGCUGCUAACAAGUUCUUUAGUGGAUAGAUACAAGUCCUCUGUGGCAAAUGCUAUGACUCCUAAAAGGUGUUUAUUCAAUACAAAUAUAAGUAACAGUUGAAGUCUUAGAAUUUUUCCUGUCUUUACAGCUUUACUGUACUGAACCAGGACCUUGCUGCCAACAGGAUAUUUAAUUACAAAGCUAUGUUCAUACACAGGUGUAGGGUGUAGGAAGAGAAUGCUGCCAUUGAGUUGCCUGGCUCAAAUUCAGAGUAUCAACAGGUAAAACUAUUCUCGGGCUCAGCUUUUUCCCAGAUAGGUAUUUGGGACUGUGGACUUCGCAGUCUUCUUCAGUUUAGACUUACUAUAGAAGGGCUGCAGUUGCUUGCUGUUGCAAUGUUUGCUUCCCUUUUUGUAUGCACAAAUGUUCUCACUCAUUGUCUGUUAUGUUGAUGCUGUUGCAUCAAGAAAACACUGUGACCCUGGCAGCACGGAACUGUACACACAGUGCCCUCUGUACGGUAUAGACCUCACCUGUACAAACACUUUUUCACUGUAAGAUGAGGGCAAAGGGAGCCGGUGUCUUCAAGACAGAAAUAAUACAAUAAAAAAAAAUCAGCCUAUACCUUUUGAGAAAAGUUAUUCUGAUCAAGAAUGUUUGUGUCAAACUUGUAUUCUUAAAAGGUCACUACAAUAAAGCAGAGAUGAAAUGAACUGGGAUGAAUAUUUUUAAAGCACUGCUACUGCUAGGAAAAAAAUAGAGCCUUCAGUAAAGCAAGGUUUGUUGUGACAGUGUAAGAGCCAUUUUUAAGUGCUCAUGAUAAGCUAGAAGCAGACCAUUCCGCAUCUGUGCUGUUGUUUUUGGAGUCUUUGGAAAGGGUUGGUGUUCAGGUGUGUAGUUUCACAUUGAUGAAGUGAGGAGCAGCAGAUGACUCCCAUGUUCUUUUGCCAUUUCUAUUCCUGUUUUGAAACACUAGAUGGGGUGUUUCAGGCCUGUCUGGUGGGUGAUCACUGGAGCCCAGCAUGAGAGGAAGGUGGGGGGAAGAGCUGUUUGUCACAACAAUUGAGUUCUUACGAAAAUCUGACCACUUCUUUGAACGCAUCCCAAAGUAUCAGGCUCCGUUUCAGAAUUGUUCUUUGUUCUUUAAAAUAGCUGUGUUAAUGAAGGCAGUUAACAUUUCUUACAUAAAGUAUUUUUGUUCAUUUAACAGGAUGUUUGCAAUUUAGUAUGCCAUUCACUUACAGAUUAUCAAAUAAGUGAUUAUACUAUGAAGUACAGCUUUUUCUUUUCAUCUAUGUGGUAGCGCUCAUUCUGUUCGUGCAAACUUGUUACUUACCUUGAACUUCACAGAAAUUUAUAGUUGUAGCAAUUCAUUUAUGGACAUUUCAACUUUUCCCAGAUGUUUUUCUUCAACUGUAAUGUUUGAUGUUUUACUGCGCUUCACUAGUGAAUGCUGUGUCACCAAAUUAUUUUUUAAUUCUAAUUGUUUACUACUUUCCCUGCAGGCAUUUGUGCUGAGCUCUCAGAGCAGAGGUUGAAUGUAGUGCUGGAAUGUUUUUUGUGUGUGAGAUACUGGAAUGAUAAAACAUUAAUGCUUCAUCGUA